AUGUCCUACUACUACGAGCAGCGCAAGCAGCCCUGCCUGCCCCCCGCCAUCUGCCUGCAGAAAUGCGUCAAGUGCCCCGAGCCCUGCGCCACCCAAUGCGUCGAGGUCUGCCAGGAGCCCUGUGCCACCCAAUGUGCCACCAGCUGUGCCCCACAGUGCGUGGACGUCUGUGCCACCCCGUGUGCCACCCAGUGUGCCACCAGCUGCGCCCCGCAGUGCGUGGACGUUUGCGUCCCGCAGUGCGCCGACGUCUGUGCCACCCCGUGUGCCACCCAGUGUGCCACCAGCUGUGCCCCACAGUGUGUGGACGUCUGUGCCACCCCAUGUGCCACCCAAUGUGCCACCAGCUGUGCCCCGCAGUGCGUGGACGUCUGUGCCACCCCCUGUGCCACCCAGUGUGCCACCAGCUGCGCCCCACAGUGCGUGGACGUCUGCGUCCCCCAGUGCCCGGCCCAGUGCCCCGAGCCUUGUGUCACCAAGUGCGUGGAGCAGUGCCAGUCCGAGGUUUGCAGCACCAAGUGCGUGGAGAAGUGCGAGGCCGUGUGCCUGGAGCCCUGCUCCGGGCCCUGCUGA